AUGUGUGUCGCGGUGAAUAUUGCGGCUUGUGGCCUGAUUUCGACCGCGUACACCCUGAUAUCGUACAUUGCUACUGAUGCGAAGGGGAAGCGCCAGUGUAAUCUCUAUAGUGUGCAGGAACAUACUGCCUCCAGCCAUGUAGAGUUUGCGUCCUACUGUAUCGCCGCUUUACAAAUGCUCAUUUACCUCACUUGCUAUAGUAUUAUGUACGUGCGAGCAAAAAUAUUCAUGCGUAAAAACAAAAACGUGUGUUUUCGUAACCAGCAUCGUAAAACAAUGCGUACCAUAUCUAUGUUGGUUGUGAUCUACGUCUGCACAUGGGUACUGUCUCUCGUGCUGACUAACGUGAUGCGUUUUGUGACGGAUUCCAAAUGGAAACGGUUGAUGGGGAUGGUCACGAGCGUGCUACAAAUGAUGUGUUUUGCUCAGACAUUCUACGUGUGCUAUCAAAGAAGCUCCGAAUAUCGCAACACUUUUCGCCGAUUGUUUAAAUCAAUUGAUUUACUGGGGAAAAUUAAAGGCCACAUCAAGGCUACAGAAAUCCCGCUUGUCAUCCUGAAAAACCACCUCAAUUUAAAACUGUUUCCUUUGUCACGGCAAUAU